AUGAGAUGCGAUGCGAAUACUACAAUUUUCAUGCCUACCAUAGAUAAGAAGAGAAAGGUAGACGUGCCCUCUGAAAGCCGCCAGCGAGCCUCGAGGAUAUUCAGCCCAUUCAGAGUUGUGGGCUGCGUUUCCAAUGACACCCCUUUUUCUUUGGGUACGCUUGGAUCAACCUUCUAUAUUGUCACAUCUGUUGGUCGUUCUUUCCAAAUUUACGACGCUGCCACCCUUCAUUUGCUCUUUGUAUCCCAGACACAGACGAGCUCCAAGAUAACUUGUCUUGCCACGCAUUUCCACUACGUUUUCGCUGCAUAUGGUUCGAGAAUUGGCAUUUUUAAACGAGGGAGACUCGAACAUACAAUUGAAUGUCCUUCCGACGUCUCCAUCAGCCAUCUCUUGUGCUUUGGAGAGUACCUUGUUGCUACUUCCACCUGUGGCAAAGUAUUCGUAUACAAGAGACAACUGGAGAAAUAUGCCACUGAAUUGCACACAACGCUCACGGCCAUCAACUCAGAUUUUGAAGGUGAUAUUGUUGGAUUGGUUCAUCCACCAACAUAUUUGAACAAAAUCGUUGUAGCUACCACCAACCACUUGUUUCUUUUCAACAUUCGUACCGGCAAGCUAUUGUACAAGACAUCGAGUGAACAAAUUCAAGGUCCCAUAUCCAGCAUAGAAACUGCUCCAGCGCUUGAUAUAAUGGCCGUAGGAACUUCUACAGGAAACGUUCAUUUGUUCCACUUGAAGAAAGCUAAAACCAUUGGCCCGUUGAUCAAAGCUGGUGACUCCAAAGUGGCUGCUAUUUCAUUCAGAACCGAUCGGUCGCACCAUCUCGUGGCUGGGUUGACCAAUGGUGAUUUAUACUUCUAUGACUUGGAAAAACAAAGCCGUGUACACACUCUCCACGGUGCCCACAAGCAAGUGUAUGGUGGAGUUUCGAAUGUCAAAUUCUUGAAUGGACAGCCCAUAGUUGUCACAAAUGGUGCUGACAACCAGUUGAAGGAAUAUGUGUUUGAUCCUUCACUUUCCACAUCUUCUUCGUCCAUUGUGUCACCUCCUCGUCAUUUAAGGUCUCGAGGUGGCCAUUCGGCGCCCCCAAUUGCCAUUGAGUUUCCUCAGGAGAACAAAUCACAUUUUCUCUUGAGUGCAUCUCGCGACAGGUCUUUCUGGAGCUUUUCAUUAAGAAAAGAUGCUCAGGCGCAAGAAUUGUCUCAAAGACUCCCCAAAGGAGAAAACGGCAAGCGAAUUGCAGGUCCGGUCUCCUCAAUGAAGGAAAAGUUCCCGGAAAUUGUUUGCAUCUCUUCGUCCCAAGCUCGCGAAGGUGAGUGGGAGAACGUCAUCACAGGUCAUAAAGAUGAGACUUUUGCUCGAACCUGGAACUCUCGGAGCAAACGUGUAGGUAGACACAGUUUGGAGACCAUUGACAAUGGUAUCGUCAAGUCGGUGUGUAUUUCACAGUGUGGAAACUUUGGACUUGUUGGGUCUUCGCAAGGUGGAAUUGGCGUCUACAACUUGCAGUCGGGACUUCUUCGUAAGAGAUACGUUUUGCAUCGUAAUGCUGCAGUUACUGGACUUGCAAUCGACGGCAUGAACAGAAAUAUGGUCAGUUGUGGUUUGGAUGGUAUCGUUGGUUUCUACGAUUUCACCAACCUGAAGUACCUUGGAAAAUUACAGCUUGAUGCACCUAUAACAUUCAUGGCAUAUCACAAGUCGUCAGACUUGGUUGCUUGUGCCCUAGAUGAUCUUUCAAUUGUCAUCAUCGAUACCGUAACUCAAAAAGUGAUAAGAGUCUUGUAUGGCCACACCAAUAGAAUUACAAGUCUUGACUUUUCACCCAACGGCAGAUGGAUAGUACUGGCUGCCUUGGAUGCAACCAUGCGAACGUGGGAUCUUCCUACCGGUGGUUGUAUCGAUGGUAUAAGAUUACCAAGUGUGGUAACUGCCGUCAAAUUUUCUCCAAUUGGAGACUACAUUGCAACCGCACAUGUUUCCGGUAACGGGGUUUCUCUCUGGACAAAUAAGGCACAGUUUAAGACUGUGUCGGCACGACAUCUAACCGAGGACGAAUUUGCAACCACAUUGCUACCCAAUGCAUCUGGCCAUGGUGGGUCCACACUUCUCGAUGGUGCAUUUGAAGAUGACGAGGAAACCGAAAUUGCAAUGGAUUCUUAUAAAUCGAAAGACCAGAUUGAAAACAUGACGACUUUGUAUCUCGGUUCCAGAGGCAAGUAUAGCACGGUACUUCAUUUGGACAAUAUUAAGCAGCGUAACAAGCCAAAGGAAACAGCACAAAAGCCCAAACAGGCUCCAUUUUUCUUGUCGCUUUCAGCUGGUCAGGUUGGAGAUCAGGCUCGUGAAAAUGAGCUCGGCAGCGAAGAACAAGCUCCCAAGGAAGGAGACGAGGACGAAGCAGAUAGUAGGUUACUCAAGCUUAAAGAAAAUGGCAAGCACAAUUUCGAGUCCCGCUUCACCCAACUUUUACGAGCCGGCAGUAAACAGAAAGAUUACCGUGAGUUUCUUGAAUACUUGGUGGAAUGUUCUCCUGCUACCAUCGACCUUGAAGUUCGUUCGUUGAAUUCUUUCGCACCGCUUGAAGAAAUGACAAGUUUCAUGGAGGCCAUGAUCCAAGGUCUUGAAUCCAAAACCAACUUUGAUAUGAUUGAAUCCAUCGUAUCUAUAUUCUUGAGGAUUCAUGGUGAUGUUAUUGUCAAUCAUCCAAUGGAAAAGACACUUCAGGAUACCGUUCAGCGCUGGAAUGAGAAGAACCAACAAAUGGCUGUAACCUUGGAUUCACAAGUCAAGUAUUGCGCUGGGGUUAUCAGCUUUUUGUCUACAGUUUAA